GGUAGAAAUCAGGCAUACUUAUAGAGAGGCGAAUCAGAUGGCUGACGAUUUGAUUAAUCUAAUUCUGGAAGAGGAUGCUCAUCAUUUAUGGCAAAAGGACAGGAUGAAAGGGUGUCAACGCAGUCUUUGGGAUCGAUGGUGGACAGACAGUGGUGACGGCUGCGUAGCUGACGGAAUCUAUGAGACUGAGAGUGAGGGAGACGAAGAGAGGGCACGGGUGUUAGAGGAUGAGGUUAGGGUUUUGGUUUUUCCGACCCGACCCGGGGUUACUUGGGUUGUUUGGCAUUGGGCCAAGACAAAAAAGAAAAAAACCCAACACAAAGCCGUUUUAGGACGAACCAAAAAAAAAAAAACCCAAAACCAUCCCCAAUCUCACUCACUCAGACACUCACAGCUUCACCUCACUCAUCGCACCUCACAGAGAUUCCCCCUCAGACACUCUCACCUCUCUCGCUCACAGCACGGUUACCGCCGGUCGUCCCUCGUCACUCUCCUCGCCGGCUCCUCUGCCGCGUCCCCGCACCGUCAGUGUUUGCUCGCAUCUGCUUCCUCCGCUCCUGUGCCUCCGCCGUUUGUGUCAUCCCGGCCGCCUUGGCUCCGCCGUGCCUCGGCUGUCUCUACCUCCGCCUCGUCCCUCGUCUCUGUUCAGCAUCUGCCAAGUGCCUGCACUCUGCACGACAAGCAAAGGGUAAUUGGGUAA